GGCGGCGCCCGGUGCAGCAGACAGCUCGCUUCUGACCCCAGGUAUGGGGGGCAGCGUUUCUCCGCCGGGGACCGGGGAGGGUACGUUACAGUACAGCCUGAUCAUGGAGCACUUGGUAGGGGACAAGAGGCGGCCGAAGGAGGUGAUUCCGGGAGGGCUGGGCGGUAUUCCCACUCCAAUUAAAUCGGAAGAACAGAAGAUGAUGGAAAGGGUCAUGGAGAGCUGUGGGUUCAAGGCGGCCCUGGCUUGUGUGGGAGGGUUUGUGCUUGGAGGAGCAUUUGGUGUAUUCACAGCUGGCAUAGAUACCAAUGUUGGUUUUGAUCCCAAGGACCCGUACCGCACUCCUACUGCCAAGGAAGUGCUGAAAGAUAUGGGCCAGCGAGGAAUGUCUUAUGCCAAAAACUUUGCUAUUGUGGGCGCCAUGUUCUCCUGCACCGAGUGCCUGGUAGAAUCAUAUCGAGGAAAAUCCGACUGGAAAAACAGUGUGAUAAGUGGGUGCAUCACCGGCGGAGCCAUUGGCUUUCGAGCCGGCCUGAAAGCUGGAGCUCUUGGCUGCGGAGGGUUUGCUGCAUUCUCUGCUGUCAUAGAUUAUUAUCUGCGAUAACAAUGAUCAACCACUAGAUGGCACUUCUGCAUUCCCAUUUACUGAUUUUGGAACCUGAUGGUCAGAUCUCACUGAAGCCGCUUUCUCAGUUAUGAGAGACAAAAGACUUGGGAAUCAGUCUGCUUUGUUUGUUCUAAAAUUCUCAGACCAUCUUAAGGCUUCAUUACAACUGGACAGACAUUGUAGAAAGGGAUAUCUUUAAACUGGGGAUGGUAAGGAAAAACAGACUGUGAAACCCAUAUUUUUGCUUGGCCACUGUCCAACUCACUGCCCUUCAGCUGCCAGUAACCUAAGGGUUGCAGCAUGGCUUCACUCAUAUAAAGUGUUGCUGUGGCCAUCCCAGCCUAAUGUACCUGCUAUGCCACAGUCCCUUCCAAGAGGAUGUUAUUAUAGGAUCUUCUGUACUACCUUACAAAGGCUAAGUAUGGGGUGCAUUGUUGCGCUUUCCCACAUUUUACCCACCUAGAUAACUGAUGUUGUAUUGGUCCCAGGGCAAUGCACCUUUUGGACCAAAUAAAGAUACUCUGAUGCCAA